UAUCCGUUUUCUCACUCCAUUCAUAUGAAUCAUAUGAUCAAUGUAGUAGAAUCUUUAGUUGACAACUGAACAGCUGUUAACUAAAAUUUCGACUGAUUUAGAAUAAUGGAAAAUUUAGAAUGGUCUAAUUUACAUCAAUCACUUGAUACGCAUUUCAAAUAAUAAAUAACUAGUAAAUUGGUUUAGUUAUUGGCUGAUCAGUUCAAAUGCAUAUUUGAUACGAGUAUUAAAUAAUUGGGGGGUAUGAACUAGACCAGAGGAGUUUCUGAAUUGAUCUAUGGAUUCUGAUUGAUUUUGAAUCAAUAAUAUAUCAUUUUUAUGCUUAUAUUUUCAAGUUUUUUAUUGCAUUAUAAAGCAUCUGUCUUCCUUUUCUGAUUUUCUUUAUUGUUAAACGUUCAUAGCAAAUUUAAGAAUGUAACAUAAGAUUCUUGUCCUGAAUUUUUAACGACGACUAUGUUUCAUUAUAUCUAUUGUAUUUCCAUUUAUGUUAAUUUUUUGGAUGACUAUCAUAAAUACAUUCUCAUAUAUUAUACAACUGAUAUGCCUCAGGACGUAUAUGAGUAUAAGCCUAAGUAAUAUAUUAUAAAAUUUUAUAAUAGAAAUUGACAUACUAACAAAAACAAUAUGGCUCUGAAGGGGAUAAAAGUCUUGGAAUUAGCUGGGCUUGCUCCAGGACCCUUUUGUGGAAUGAUCUUAGCAGAUUUUGGGGCAUCCGUUAUCAGAGUAGAUAAGAUUGGAACACAAAUAUUAGAUCAUUUGGGUCAUGGAAAGAGAUCAAUAGCAUUAAAUUUAAAAUCUGAAAAGGGGAUUAAUAUUUUUAAAAAAUUAAGUAACCAAAGUGAUGUUAUUAUCGAUACAUAUAGAAGAGGACUGUUAUCUUUAUUUGGCCGAUAUAAUGAAAAACCUACACCACCUGUUAAUCUAGCUGCUGAUUUUGGUGGUGGUGGUUUAAUGUGUGCUUUUGGAAUAAUGUUGGCAUUGUAUGAGCGAACUAAAACCAAUGUUGGGCAGGUAAUAGAUGCAUCAAUGGUAGAUGGAUCUGCAUACUUAGGAUCCUGGCUAUUCAGAUCGCAAAAGAUGCUCGGCCUAUGGGGAAAUCCACGUGGCAAAAAUAUAUUGGAUACAGGUUCACAUUUCUAUGAUACAUACGAGACGAAAGACAAGCUUUAUAUGUGUGUUGGAGCGCUCGAACCACAGUUUUAUGAAAUUUUCGUAGAGAAGCUUGGUUUUUCGAGCGAGGAGAUGCCACAAUAUGAAAAUUUCGAAGAGAAUCGUCGUAAAAUCGCAGAAAUUUUCAAAAAAAAGACUCAGGCAGAAUGGUGCGCCAUAUUUGAUGGCACUGAUGCAUGCGUUACACCAAUGUUAAAUUUGAAAGAUGCUGCAUCACAUAGUCAUAAUGAGCAAAGACAAACGUUCACGACUAUAGGAGAUGACGUAAUUCCAAAUCCUGCUCCUCGUUUAUCUCAUACACCCGGUAUUUCUACAGGAACUUGUAGAAAUCCACAACCUGGUGAAAACACUGUAGAAAUCUUAACUGAACUAAAAUUUCAAUCUAAGGAAAUUGACAAUUUAUUAUCAAACGGAUUUGCUUAUCAGGCACAUCACACAUCUAAAAUUUAAUAUGAGUUAUUUUAUAAUAAUGAGAAUAU